AACAUUGCAGAAUAUACUUUGCUCUGUUCUGCAAAAAUCCUCCCUACUCUCUCUGUUUGUGUGCCUCAUCAUUAUCACCAUCGAAAUUAAGCUCUCCAGUUUUCUGGGUAUCUCUCUCUCUGCAUAAAGCUAUGGACUUUAUUUCAGAUUUUGUAUUGACAAUUGUUCUGUGUUUCCUGGUACCUUUCUUGCUUUGCUUCCUUUUGCCUGUGAUUGUUGCUUUGUGUCCGAGCAGGGAUGACCAUGUGGGAAAAAGACGGGUUCUUUAUGAGUGUAAGCCCAGAGUUCAUCGGUGGGAGAGUGAGGUAGGAAGUGGGUUUGUUGAGAAAGCUGUGGAAGUUGAUGAGUUUUUGAGUGAGCCCAAAAAGGAAAGUUUGGUUCUUGAUGAGUUUUUGGAUGAGGGUUUGGAUGAGAAGGAGGUUUUGAGAGGAGUUGGAGUUGGUUGUGUGGAGGAGAAGAGUGUUGAGGAAGAAAGGUUUGAUGGGUUUGGUGGUUUGUGUGAGUGUGUGGAGAACGUGUUUGAUGAAAGUUUGGAGAGGUGUGAGUUUGGGGGAGUUGAGUUUGGUUCGGGGGAAGAUGAAGUGGGGGUUGUUUGUUUUGGGGAGAGGAAUGUUGAAGAAGAAGGCCUUGAUGGGCAUGGUGGUGUGGAGAACUUGUUUGAGGAAAGUUGUGUGAGGCAUGAGUUUGGUUUGGGGAAAAAUGAAGUGGGAGUUUGUUUGAUGGAGCGGAAUGUUGAAGAAGAAAGUUUUGAUGGGGGUGUUGGGGUAUGUAGGUAUGUAGAUUCCUUGGUUGAUGAAAGUUCUGAGAGGCAUGAAAAUGGCGUUGUUGAGUUUGAUUUGGGGAAAACCCAAGUGGGAGUUGUUACAUUGACUGAGAAGAAUGUUGAACAAGAAAGGUUUGAGGGGGAUGGUGGUGUGUGUGAGUGUGGAGAGAACUUGGUUGAUGAAAGUUCCGAGAGGCAUGAAUUUGGCGAAGUUGAGUCUGGUUUGGCAAGAAAUGAAGCGGGGGUUGUUUGUUUGCCAGAGAAGGAUGUUGAGGAAGAAUGCUGUGUCGGGGACUGUGGUAUAUGUGGCUGCAGGGAAAACUUGGCUGAUGAUAGUUCGGAGAGGCAUGAAUUUGACGAGAUUGAGUUUGAUUUGGCAAGAAACCAAGUGGGAACUCUGGAAAGUGAAGAGAUCAAGGUGUCAAAAUGUGUUGGAAAUGAUGAAACUGAUGAAGCAAAGAACAAUGUAGUUGAUGGUCAAGCUAAUGAGGGGUUAUUCAGUGAGGAUAAUGAUUGGGAGGAUAUAGAAAGAACUGAAUUGGAGAGGCUCUUUGCUGCUGCAGUGGUGUUUGUCGGGUCUAAGAGUAAUGCUGAUAGAGUUUCAAGUCUUGGGAGUGAUGUCAAGAUGAGGUUGGAUGGGCUUCACAAGAUUGCUACUCGAGGGCCUUGCUUGGAACCCCAGCCUAUGGCAUUCAAGAUCUCGGCAAGAGCAAAAUGGAAUGCUUGGCAGCAGCUUGGCAACAUGAGUGCAGAGGUAGCAAUGGAGCAGUACAUCGCCCUUCUUUCAGAAAGUGUACCUGGGUGGAUGCAAGAUGUUCACGGUGAUUUUGUAGAUUCCCAAGUGCAUAAGAGUGAUAAGUCCGUAACUGCUGAUCUGAACACAGUGAUACAAAACCAAUCAGAAGCUGCAGGUGUAAGAAAAGUAGAAGAACUAAAGUCUGAUGCUAAAGGUUUAGAUGAGAUGGGGCUGGAGGUCAUAACUUGUUGAGCAGGUUUUUGCCGAUUGUUCAUAAAGGCAGUAGGCAUCUUGAGGAUAUAUUGCAUUGGUGCCAACUACCAAGGCCAAAAGCUCACAUCAACGAUUGGAAACUCUAAACUAUGAUUUGUACAUAUUGCAUUGGUGUUGAUAAUAAAGAUUUCAACCUUGUUCAUGGUUUUAGAUAUAUUGAUCCCAGUCAUCCUGUGUUUACUCAAGUGUGCAUUAUAUUGUUUUUCUAUUCUUUUUUUUUUUUCUCUUUCUAUGUUUUGUUAACUGAGAAAAAAUAGAUCUUGUGAACAUCUUGACACAACUGAUGGUUUGUACAACCAAACUAGCCAAAGCGGUUCGUUUAAUAGAGUUCGAGUGUUGAAACUGC